GAGGUGGGGGAUGGGAUGGGGUGGGAAAGGAGGGACAAGGCGGGCUUUGGGAAGGAGGCCACGGGGUUUGAAGCUAGAGGAGGCCCCAAUGAGGGAGGAGGAGGCGGAUUGAGGCGCAGAGGAAAGGCCGAGAGCACCAGUAAAGUGUCCAGUUGCCAAGCCAUGGCAUGUAUAAAGAUUUGGUGCAUAUUGGGACUAGGAGUCCUGGUUUCUCUCACUCGGGCUCAUAAUGAUUUCUUCACAUCUAUUGGCCAGAUGACUGAUUUGUUGUACACCGAGAAAGAUCUGGUGACUUCAUUGAAAGAUUACAUCAAAGCGGAAGAGAGCAAACUGGGUGAAAUCAAACGAUGGGCAGAAAAAUUGGAUCAACUUAUUGAGACAGCGACAAAAGAUCCAGAGGGUUUCCUAGGGCACCCUGUGAAUGCUUUUAAAUUGAUGAAACGACUGAACACAGAAUGGAUGGAGCUGGAGAACUUGGUCCUCAAAGACAUGUCAGAUGGAUUCAUUUCCAACCUCACCAUUCAGAGACAGCACUUGCCAAAUGAUGAAGACCAGACUGGAGCUGCCAAGGCUCUGAUACGUCUCCAGGACACGUACAAUUUAGACGCAGAGACCAUCUCUCUGGGCAACUUGCCAGGUGUGAAGCAUAAAACAUCGCUCACGGCAGAAGACUGCUAUGAGUUGGGCAAAGUAGCCUACUCGGAUACAGAUUACUACCACACAGAGCUGUGGAUGGAGCAGGCGCUGAAACAGCUAGAUGCAGGCGAGGAUUCUAAUGUAAACAAAAUCACCAUACUGGACUACCUGAGCUAUGCAGUGUAUCAGCAAGGAGAUCUGGACAAGGCAAUGGAGCUCACAAAGAGGCUGCUGACAUUGGAUCCUGAGCACCAGCGAGCAAAUGGAAAUCUGAAGUAUUUUGAAUAUAUGAUGGCUGAUCAGAAAAAUGAAAAGUCAAACAUAGCUCAGAAGACAGAAGGAAACAAAUCAGGAGAUGUUACGAAGACUAAGCGAGAGCGCGUCAAAGAUUACCUACCAGAGAGGCAGAAAUAUGAAAAGCUGUGUCGAGGCGAAGGUAUCAAACUGACACCCCGAAGACAGAAAAGGCUCUUUUGCCGUUAUUCAGAUGCAGGCAGAAAUCCUUGGUACAUUCUGAAACCUGUGAAGCAGCAAGAUGAAUGGGACAAACCUCGGAUUAUCCGUUACAUUGAUAUAAUUUCUGACGAGGAAAUUGAGCGAGUGAAGGAGUUGGCAAAGCCAAGGCUGAGACGAGCCACCAUUUCUAACCCAAUAACUGGAGUGUUGGAGACAGCUCAUUACAGAAUAAGCAAAAGUGCAUGGUUGUCAGGAUAUGAAGACCCCGUGAUUAGUCGGAUUAACCAGAGGAUACAAGACCUGACAGGGCUUGAUGUUUCCACAGCAGAGGAGCUGCAGGUGGCCAAUUAUGGGGUAGGAGGCCAAUACGAGCCUCACUUUGACUUUGGACGGAAAGAUGAGCCCGAUGCAUUCAAAGAAUUGGGGACUGGAAACAGAAUUGCUACCUGGUUAUUUUACAUGAGUGAUGUAGCAGCCGGUGGAGCCACAGUUUUUCCUGAAGUAGGAGCAGCAGUGUGGCCACAAAAGGGCACAGCAGUAUUUUGGUACAAUCUGUUUCCCAGUGGAGAAGGUGAUUACAGCACCCGACAUGCAGCUUGUCCAGUAUUAGUGGGAAACAAAUGGGUGUCUAAUAAAUGGAUCCAUGAGCGUGGGCAGGAAUUCCGAAGAAGAUGUAACUUGUCCGAGUGGGAUUGAUGUUCCCUAUGCCGUAUGUGAAUUGCCCCCUCUAGCCACACCAUCUCCACUACAACACGGUUCCUGUUCAGACUCUUACCAUCUCUCGCUGUCUUCGCAACCCUCCUGCCUGCUGCCGACUCCACCCACCCAUCUAGAACCCGUCUGAUGUGAAGAUUGCGUUGUUACCUGCUAUAUGAAGACUUGAAGACGGUUCUUGUUUUAUAAUCCUAUCUGUUGACAGGUUUUAUUGAAGCAGAGUUGGGCUGGUUAGAGAACUGGAAAUGUUCCUUAAAAUCAUAAAUUUUCUACUAAAAUUGCAUUUCUCCUUAAUUUUAUUUUUUAAGAAAAAUGUUUGCUAAAGGCUCUGUUCAGCAAAUUGAUUUAUCAAGGGUGAUUUUGCAACGCUGAGAUACUGACAUGAAACUAAAAGCAUGAGAUCCAUCCUUGGAGCAAGGAUUAUGGAGUCAUUCCCUCUGAAGUAUGUUUUACUUGGGUACCUGUUACAUCAUGUGCCUUUCAGGGAUUGUUCUGUUGGAAAUUGGUUCUCAGCAUUUGGUCCGGUCUUAUGAAAUGCUUCCCUGAAAGAGCAAGGAGUUUGCUUUUCAAGGCUUCCUGAUUAAUGAAGUGUUUUCUUUCAGAACUGGAGUUCUUGUAGCUAUGUUUGUUAGAUUAGUGUACUGUUAAUGAUGUAGAUUUUGAAGCCACAUACGUUCACUGAAAGAUAUAUGUUGACUUUAUUAGUCUUUUAAGUCCUUAUAUUAAUGUAAGAAAAUAGUCUGCAUUUUGAAACUUUUCAAAAGAAGUUGAGCACCACAAAGAUUCAUUGAUCAGGGCAUUUAUUCCCCCCUUAGUAACUAGUGAAUUAUGUCAGAGGUAUUUAGUUUUGCAAUUGUAAAGAGAGAGAGAGAGAUGAGAAAUUACUUAUUUAAAUAAGGUGGCUGUUUUUCUACUGCAUUCUAACAUAUGUGUGGAGUAUACCAGUAAUAACUCUCCCAAUGUGAUGCACUGUUUUUGUGUGGUAUACUCCGACAAUAAGACUUGAUGCAAU